AUGCGCGCGAACGUCGGAGAACGCGCACCUUCUUUCCUCUUUUCCGUCGCUCUUUGUUCCCGUUCAUCGAAAAUCGACGUAUUUACUUGCUUCCACUCUAGUUAAUAGCUUGUGAAAAUGCAGUGACGUGACUGAUCUUGUGACAUUUAAUUUAAUCUUUAUUGGUGUCAACUUUAACUCAGAACUGUGCACCGAAGAUCGUUGCAGGAUCCGCUCACCUGCAGUGACCUGAAGUUCACCUGAAGUUUUAUUGCAGUGGCUCAUGAAAGCAUUCGAGCGUAUACAAUUAACAGAGCCGAGAUGAAUAAAACGGAGCUGAACAUAGUGCUGAGCACAGAGCCAGCAAAGACAUCCUCGAGCGUAAUUCACUCGCACAUUCCAGUACCGAGGAUCACGAACGCGAUUAAAGCACAAGAAAGAUGUCCUCCGCCCCGGCGAGGAUCGUUCGAAAAGCUGUCCAGAGGAGUAUCCGUGGCAGCUCAAAGGGCAUCGUUCGAGAAACUGGACGCUUCCGUUCAAUUACGAUCGAGGAACAAUAAUUUGUCGAGUUCGAGCAUCGAGAUGCGAAACUCGGCGGAGAAGCUCGCCUCCUCGACGAUCAACUGCAAGACGAACAACGAGCCGAUCUCUAUCGCGAAAUUAAACAGGAGCAACAGCCUCGAGAGCAAAUGGAAGAGCAAAUACGAGGAGUCUGAGAAGAGGAGGAAAUUAUUGCUACAGAAGAGCGAGGCUGCGAACAAAGAGCAUGCAGAUUUGGAGAAGAAAUAUCAGCAGUUGCAGAAACAAAAUAGCACGCUGCAGUCGCAAAUUCAAGAUAAAGAACAAAAAUUGCAAAAAUUGCGAACAGUUUCUGAAGCGGUGUGCAAAGAAUACGAGCAAUUAAAGCAUCAGUACGAUGUGGAGACAGGUGCGAUGCACAAAGCUAUGCAGCAAGCAUCUCAGUGGUACAGACAAAACCGUGAACUGAAGAGACGAUCCCAGAUCAUAACGCAAAAGUUUCUGCAAGUCAAUCCGGAGGGAUCUGUGGACAUCGAGUUAUCUGAUGAAGUUGAUUCGAAUUUCGAAGAUCUUGAUCAGCUGAGAGAAACCGUGAGAGAAUUGAGCAAAGAGAUAGCGAGGCUUCAGACUGAGUUGCAUUCCGCUCGCCUUCAAGAAUUCGAAGCGCAGGAACAGGUGACGCAUUUAACGACGCAGUUGGAGGAAGAAAGGACUCUCAGGCAAAAAUGUGAAGAAAAGGUGAACGAAAUGAAGGUGCACAAAGAAAACAUGGAAAGAGUGACCAAAAUGGUGGCUGAAGAGGUGCAAGCGUUGAAGGCUCAAUGCGAUCGCGAAAGGGAAAAUGCGAAAAUUAUGAAAAUAGAAGCGGAAAGGGUGCAAAAAGAAAGAAACGUGCUGGCUCAUCAAAGCGCUCUUCUAAUGGCGGAAGUAGGCGACGACCCCAACGGAAGACUGCUAACUGUGUUACAAGAGGUGGAAUCUUUGAAGAGAUUAUUAGAAGAAGAACAACAGAACCACAAUUCGCAUAUACAAAUGCUGGAAGAGAAGUUAGAAGAGAAAGAAUCUAACGUAGAGUUCGAAAUAGUUGAAGAGAAGUUGAAGUUAGCUGAAUCGGAGCUGGAAGUUGCAAAUCAGAGGGCAGAAAGAGCAGAACAGUUGGUAGAAAGUUUGGAAGGUCUGGUUCGAAGUUUGAAAGAGAAAAUCAGUGAACUGGAGGAGAAGCUUUCCAGGCCACCGCCACCUCCUCUGCCGCCUCCACCACCGCCACCGAUGUUUAAUAACAAUGGUCAAUCGUCUAUUAAAUUGCUGACGAGGGAAAAAAUGAAUUCGGAACGCAACGCCGUGACCGACAUGGAGUGCAUGCUUGGUAUCACAAAGAAAACGCCGACAGUUGCGCAACAACCUGCUAUCGAUGAUAUCAUUAAUCAGAUAAAAGGAGGACGGUUCACUCUAAAACAGACGGAUAAACAAAGGGAAGAGGAAAGGAAAAGGCGACAGGAAGCGGAAAGCGCACCACCGGCUGUAUCGGAAAUGUUAAAUAUUUUGGGCACGAUGAGAAGGAGAGCCAAACCAGUAAAGCAAUCUUUAAAAUCAACAGACCCACCGACAUAAAAAUAGACUGUUGCUUAGCAAGGUGCAGAAGAAUUUCCGGAUGUCUCGUGAAAUUUUGAGACAAUUUGCGAUGAUAUUAUUUAUUUAGUUGAUAAUUUUUUUUACUAUUAAAUAUAUAAGACAUGUAGAUUUAUACGAUGAAGUUGCAAUAUAUUUGUGUAAUGUGCAGGACGUACUUUUCGUAUGUACAGCAGAUAAAUAAAAAGACGGUUAAAGGGGAAGUGAUAGGAGACAGAUUCACAGUAAGCAUUAUGAAAAGGUGUAUUAUAAAAAGCUGAUUACAUGUACUGUAAAAUACAGUUUAUCGUACAAAAAGA